GGCUCCCCGCGGCCCCGCCCCUCUGACGCCACUUCCUACGGGGGACGCGGCGGUCCCGGUGCCGCCGCCCGUGCCGGCCCGGGCCGAGCGGGGGCCAUGGUGGUGCUGCGGGGCGGCGCGGGCCCUGAGGAGCCCUACCCGAGGAUCGAGGACUGCCUGCCCCCGCUGGAGGACUCCCCAUCCAAGAGGUUCUCCCCCUCCAAGCGAAAGCAGUAUUAUAUCAACAAGGCCAUCCGCAACUCAGACCUCACCCCCAGGGCCAAGGGGCGCAAGAGUCUGCAGAGGCUGGAGAACACUCGCUACCUGAUGACACUUCUCGAGCGAGACGAAUGUGGGAGCGACGAGGGAGAGCUCGCCCACUCUGCCACUCCGAGCAUCUUCACCGAGGCUUGUAACAACGAGACCUACGUGGAGAUCUGGAACGACUUCAUGAACCGGUCGGGAGAAGAGCAAGAGCGAGUCCUGCUCUACCUGGAGGAGGAGGCCAGGAAGAAGCACAAGAGGAAGCUGCCCAUCAAGAAUGAAGACAAGUGGAAAGAGCACCCUGCCUACACGCCCAAGGAGUGCUUCCAGCGCAUCAGCCGCCGCCUGCGCUCCACCCUGAAGCGGGGCCGGAUCCCCAUGGGGACGCUGGAGGGCCUGGAGGAGGAGCUGCUGGCCUUCUUCUCCGUCACCCCUCACUCCGUCUACACGGCACUGAUGGACAACAGCUUCGAGCGACUCCUGCUCCACGCUCUCUGCCAGUACAUGGACCUCGUCUCUGCCAGUUCAAACAUCGAAGGGAAACGUCAAAUGAAAGUGAGCAACAAGCACCGCGUCUUCCUGCCCCCCGAGCUCCUGCUCUCAGACUACCUGGGGCAGAUGAGCUGAUACCCCCGAGGGACGCCCCUGCCCCUCGCUUGGUGCGCUGAAGGCUUCCUUCAUCUGCUCCUGACCUCUCCCAGCCCCGCCGACCCCUCAGGUCUGCCCUGCUGCCCACCUCUCCCCUUGCCCGAGCGGGCUGCAGCGCGGACCAGCUCGCCCCGCUCCGUGCCCUCCUUGGGGGGCUCGUCCCUUCCCCUUCUCCAGGGGCAGGCGCUUGAUGGUGCGGAGCCGGGGGGCUCACGGCUGCGCCCGGCCGGCUCGCGGGGCAGCGCCGCGCUCCCCUCGGGAUGCCGGGACUCACUCCCGCGGGGCAGCCGGCCGCGUGGCCCUGCCAGAUAUCCCUGGGCUCGAGGCGUGGGUGCAGCAGGUGCCUAUCUGCCGUGCUCGCCCUGUUCCCCGAGUUGCAGUGCUGCUUCCCGGCCGGAGCUGCUCUCCCUGGAACUGUUUGUGUGUCUAUUUAUAGCCCAGGUGCUUUUAAAAAUAAUCGGGCUGGGCCAAACCCACCUCUGGCACUGCCGCUCGUGGGGUGAUUUUGGUCCAGAUUCUUCUGUGGUGAAACAGCUCCUCGCGGCUGCUGAGCAAACACUGAGCGAGCGGAAGAGCCUCGGGGCCGUCGCGUUCCUGGGGGGACGGCGCUUUGUCCAGCACCCACAGCCCUGCCGCCCCUGCUGGGGUAUUUUGGGGGGGGGGCUCAGCCCCUGCCGACCCCCUCGGGCAGGGUGCGGAGUGGGGAGUUCUCCACUCCGAGCUCCUGGGUGCUCUCAUCCCGCUGGUGUUUCGGCAGCGCCCUGUUCCCUACCUCGCGCACCAGCCUGCGGCACGCGGACCUGCCUGCACCACAGGGCCCCGGGCUGUUUUUAAAUGUAAUAUAACCUGUGUUUUUUAUUGUGUG